AAAGAUAUUUAAUCUUGGAGGUCCGAGGACAUGUUUUGCCCUUUCAAGGGACUUGUAAACAGUGUUAUCGUCUUCAAUUUCUUCUCUGGGAGCCCCAAUUAGUGCAAAUCAAGUUUUUGAUUGAGUGAAGCUGAUUCGGACAGUAUGGAUGGAGGUGUGGUUGAUGAAGUGAAUGCCGUGGAUGGUGCACACCUCCAAAGUAAGGAUAGCGAGUACUCAUUGAAGUCCAGUAGCUCCAGUAUGCUGGAAUUGCGUCAGACGGUUAUACCUGGUAAGGUUGACGAUGGAAGGACGCCCCAUGUGUUUGAAGGUGAUUUAGAUGGUAAGAUUCUAGACAUAAUUAGUGUAUCAGAACAUUCCUGUGCUGGCCCUCCUUCCAUGGAUGAUGCUGUAGAAGAAUUAACACUCAGAAAUUAUGAUAGUGGGAACUUAGCUAUAGUUGGUGCUUCAACCAAUAGAGAUAGAAUGCAGACUAAGCAGAAUCCGUGGCAGCAUUUGUAUCAAAUAGUAGGUGGAUCGGGAGGCGGGAGCUCCUGUGGGAAUACUGCUUAUGGGGACACCGAUCGAGCAGUAUCCAGUGUUUGGGAGGAUACGGGGAAUACAGUUUUUCCAGAGCUAUUGGGUGACAAACCACCAAAUGACAAUUCGCCAAGUAAUGAAAAUAAACCUUUAUCAAGCAAUACAGUAUUAUCUCCCAGAGGUAUCAGAACAAAAAUUCUGUCUAAAUCUGGGUUUUCUGAGUACUUUGUUAAAAGUACAUUGAAGGGGAAGGGGGUCAUCUGUAGGGGCCCAGCUCGAGUAGCAUCUUCUGUUGAGUUUGGGGCCCAGACUUAUUCGAACGCUGCUGGUGACACUACAAUACAUUCUGAUGCACCAUUGAAUUUGACUGCUGAGAUUGUGGUGCCUCCUUCCCAUAGUAUUGCUGAGACUUCUCCCAACUUCUGCUCCAAUGCUUUCCAUAGUGGGGUCAGUUUGAGAGAGUGGCUGAAAGGUGGACAGAAUAAGGGGAAGAAAGUCAAGAGUUUGUAUAUAUUUAGGCAAAUUGUGGGUAUAGUGGAUUUCUCUCAUUCUCGAGGAAUGUCCUUGCAAGAUUUACGGCCAUCCUGCUUCAAGUUGUCGCCAUCGGAUCAGGUUAUUUACCUUGGUUCAAUGGGUCAGAAAGGAAUGGUGGAGAAUGUUAUGGCUCAAGGCAUUCGCCAAUCAGGAAGUGAUAAAAAUGAGACAGGGCCUUUAGAAUGGGAUAUGUCUCCUGUUGUUAGUCAAUGGGCAAAGAAACGGAAGUUUGAGGAGAACACGAACUUUGCUAGACAGUGGCUUCGGUUUCCAUUAAGUUCUGGCAUCAAAUCCGCAACUUCAAAUGAUGUUAAUGCCAAAAUUGCUGCUCCACAAGUCUCUAUGAGUAGAUUUGACGAUGGGAAUAAACCUAGAACAGAAUAUAACACCCUGAAGAAGUCCACCAGCUCUAAUGUUUCUAACACAUCACAACCGUUGUCAAUUUUCAGUGACCCAAUUGAAGAGAAGUGGUAUACUAGCCCUGAGGAGCUCAGUGAGAGGUGCUGUGCAUUUUCAUCAAAUAUCUACAGUCUGGGGGUUCUUCUGUUUGAGUUACUUAGCUCUUUUGACUCUGCAAGGGCUCAUGCUGUCGCGAUGUUAGAUCUGCAUCAUAGGAUCCUUCCUCCAAAUUUCCUGUCAGAAAAUACCAAGGAAGCUGGAUUUUGUCUUUGGCUGCUCCAUCCUGAACCUGCAUCACGGCCAACAACCAGGGAAAUCCUACAAUCUGAACUUAUAAGUGGAGUUCAGGAAUUAUGUGAGGAUGAGUUAUCAUCAUCCUCUAUUAACGAAGAGGAUGCCGAAUCAGAAUUAUUAGAAGAUUUCCUUGUGUUACUUAAAGAACAAAAACAGAAGGAUGGCUCCAAGUUAGUGGAAGAAAUUAGGUGCUUGGAAGCAGAUAUAAAAGAGGUUGAGAAACGCCAGACUAACAAAUCUUCAGUUCUUUCUUGCUUAUCUAAGGAGUCCCUCACUGUAAGGGGGAACAGUUUCCGUCAUCAAGAACAUUCUAGUUCAGAGGUAAAAUCCUCAUCCUCCCCUGCAUCUGAUAGUGAAAUGAGGUUGACGAGGAAUAUCAGUGAGCUUGAAAGUGCUUACUUCUCGAUGAGAUCCAGUGUUCAUCUUUCUGAUAAUGCCGCAGCAACACGUGCUGAUAAAGAACUGUUAGAAAAUCGAGAAAACUGGCAUCAGUCAUGGAAGGACAAAGAGAAACACAGAUCCACUGAUCGCCUAGGGGUCUUCUUUAAUGGUUUGUGCAAGUAUGCUCGCUACAAUAAGUUUGAACUACGAGGGUUAUUAAGGAAUGGAGAUUUUAGUAAUUCUGCAAAUGUCAUAUGCUCUUUGAGCUUCGACCGUGAUGAGGACUAUUUUGCUGCUGCUGGGGUAUCCAAGAAAAUAAAGAUAUAUGAGUUUAAUGCACUCUUCAAUGAUUCUGUCGGCAUUCAUUGUCCCGUAAUUGAGAUGUCAAACAAAUCAAGGCUCAGCUGCAUUUGCUGGAAUAGCUAUAUCAGGAACUAUCUUGCUUCAACCGACUAUGAUGGUGUGGUGAAGUUAUGGGAUGCGGGAACUGGUCAAGGUUUUUCUCAAUUCAUUGAGCACAAUAAAAGGGCUUGGUCUGUUGACUUUUCUCAAGUGGAUCCCACAAAAUUAGCUAGUGGAAGUGACGAUUGUUCUGUCAAACUCUGGAGGAUUAACGAGAAGAACAGUUUAUGCACAAUAAGGAAUAUUGCAAAUGUCUGCUGUGUUCAGUUCUCUUCUAACUCCUCUAAUUUGUUGGCUUUUGGCUCUGCGGAUUACAAAACCUAUUGCUACGAUGUUCGGAAUGUUUCAACACCCUGGUGUAUAUUGACUGGCCAUGAAAAAGCUGUUAGCUAUGUGAAAUUCUUGGACUCUGAAACCCUUGUUUCUGCAUCUACCGACAACACACUAAAGCUUUGGGACCUCAAUAAAACCAGUUCCAGUGGUUUAUCAACCAAUGCUUGCAUCUUAGCCCUCAGAGGCCAUACUAACGAGAAGAACUUUGUGGGUUUAUCUGUUGCUGAUGGAUACAUUGCAUGUGGUUCAGAGACAAAUGAGGUGUUUGCUUAUUAUAGAUCUCUGCCUAUGCCGAUCACUUCCCACAAAUUUGGUUCCAUUGAUCCUAUUUCUGGAAAAGAGACUGAUGAUGACAACGGACAGUUUGUUUCAAGUGUCUGCUGGAGACGGAAAUCUGGCAUGGUUGUUGCUGCUAAUUCCAGUGGGUGCAUAAAAUUGUUGCAGAUGGUUUAA